AUGUCGUCCUCCAACCCUUCUAACGCGUCUACAACAGCAGAUUUAGCUAUCAGCAACUUUCGUGAAGCUUUCAAAACAUACCUCACCACAGAAACAGAUGUUGUCUCUCUUAAUAGAUUCCAUCAGUUCACUCCCGAAAUUAUUUUACAGCACAGUAAUUUCAAUGAUAUCAAAGGCACGUGGAACCACUACUUCGUCGAAGCUGUGAAAGAACUCGGGGUAAAAGUCGAGCCGCUUAUUGACCAAGUAACCAUAGAAUUGGAACAAGCAGCAACCGGACUAGAUAGCAAUUAUGCAAGAGCUUUUAAAGAGGACAGCUGCAAUCGCCACUGUAUCCCUCUCUAUCUAGAAGUAGUACCAAAAAAUCGUCCUACAAAUCAUCACGUUCAAACGCAACUGACAAAACAAUAA